CCACCAUCAUCCAAGACAUCUAUAACCAUGACCACUCUUCAUCCCCCGAGGCUUGCGCCUAUAUUCGCGGUGACGCCUAGCGCACCGGGAACACCAGUGCACUCUAUCCAGACGAUGAGGAGGAAGGCUGCAGGACACAGUGGCCCUUUGACCAAGAUCCUCGUCGCGAACCGUGGCGAAAUUGCUAUCCGUGUCUUCAGAACCGCCCAUGAGCUGGCGAUGCACACCGUCGCUAUUUACUCGUACGAGGAUCGUAUGUCGGCCCAUCGUCAAAAGGCGGAUGAGGCUUAUCGCGUCGGGGAGGGCCUAACCCCUGUUGGCGCCUACCUCGCCCAGGACGACAUCAUCAGAAUUGCGUUGGAGCAUGGCGUUGACAUGAUUCAUCCUGGAUACGGGUUCUUGUCUGAGAAUGCUGAGUUCGCCAAGAAAGUCGAACAGGCCGGUAUCGCCUUUGUCGGUCCCACACCAGAAGUCAUCGAUGGACUGGGUGACAAGACAAAGGCCCGCACGCUCGCCAUGAAGGUCGGUGUGCCCGUCGUUCCCGGCACUCCUGGGCCAGUCGAUUCGUACGGCGAUGGCGACGCCUUCAUCAAAGAAUACGGCUUCCCAGUUAUCAUCAAGGCAGCCAUGGGCGGUGGAGGUCGUGGAAUGCGAGUCGUCCGUGAGCAAUCCGACUUCAAAGAGUCCUUCGAACGUGCUGUCAGUGAGGCCAAGUCUGCCUUUGGUGACGGUACCGUCUUCAUCGAACGUUUCCUUGAGCGCCCGCGCCACAUCGAAGUCCAGAUCCUUGCUGAUGGUGUGGGGAACACUGUGCACCUCUUCGAGCGUGACUGUUCCGUGCAGAGGAGGCACCAGAAGGUCGUCGAGGUUGCACCUGCCAUGCACCUUCCGGAGGAGGUCAGGCAGGCAAUCUUGUCGGAUGCGAUUAAACUAGCGAAGAGCGUGAAGUAUAGAAAUGCGGGGACAGCAGAGUUCUUGGUUGACCAGAUGGGAAGGCAUUAUUUCAUUGAGAUCAACCCGCGUAUUCAGGUCGAGCAUACUAUCACUGAGGAGAUCACUGGACUCGAUAUCGUCGCCGCGCAGAUUCAAAUUGCGGCCGGUGCUACCCUCCCUCAGCUCGGUUUGACGCAGGAGGCUAUCACUAAGCGUGGUUUCGCCAUUCAGUGCCGUGUCACCACCGAGGACGCGUCGCAGAACUUCCAGCCUGAUACUGGUAAGAUCGAGGUGUAUCGCAGUGCAGGUGGAAAUGGAGUUCGUUUGGACGCUAGCUCUGGUUUCGCGGGCGCUCAGAUCACUCCUCACUACGAUAGUUUGCUCGUCAAGGUGUCGGUUAGUGGGACGACGUACGAGGUGGCCCGUCGUAAGAUGCUUCGCGCGUUGGUCGAGUUCCGUAUCCGUGGUGUCAAGACGAACAUUCCCUUCUUGUUCCGUCUGUUGACCCACGACGUUUUCAUUGGUGGCAAGACCUGGACGACGUUCAUCGACGAUACUCCUGAGCUAUUCAAACUCGUGGCUAGCCAGAACCGUGCUCAAAAACUCUUGGCAUACCUCGGCGACGUUGCCGUCAACGGAAGCUCUAUCAAGGGCCAAACUGGCGAACCUGGCCUCAAGGACGAGAUUGUCAUCCCUCCAUUCCAGAGCCGCGAAGACCCAGAAAACGGCCCCCCACUUGAUGCCUCCGUUCCCUGCACCGUUGGUUGGCGCAACAUCAUCGUCGAGCACGGUCCCGAAGCGUUUGCCAAGGCUGUACGCGAGUACCCCGGUACGCUUAUCAUGGACACGACUUGGCGUGAUGCGCAUCAGUCGUUGCUGGCGACGAGGCUGAGGACAAUCGAUAUGGUGAACAUUGCGAAGGAGACGAGUUAUGCGUUGGCGAAUGCGUAUUCGUUGGAGUGCUGGGGUGGCGCUACGUUCGAUGUGGCGAUGAGGUUCUUGUAUGAGGAUCCUUGGGAGAGGCUGCGCACGCUGAGGAAGUUGGUGCCGAACAUCCCAUUGCAAGCGCUUGUGCGUGGCGCUAACGGAGUCGGAUACACGAGUUACCCCGACAAUGCCAUCUAUGACUUCUCGAAGAAGGCUGUUGAGAAUGGUCUUGAUAUCUUCCGUGUCUUCGAUUCGCUGAACUAUAUCGAGAACAUGAAACUCGGUAUCGACGCUGCCAAGAAAGCCGGAGGUGUAGUCGAGGCCGUCGUCUGCUACAGUGGUGACGUCGCAAGCAAGAAGGAGACAAAGUAUACCCUUCAAUAUUACACCGACUUUGUUGACCAGCUUUAUGCUGAGGGCAUCCACGUCCUUGGCAUCAAGGAUAUGGCUGGUCUGUUGAAGCCUGAGGCUGCCCGUCUGCUCGUCUCUACCAUCCGCGCCAAAUACCCCGACCUACCCAUCCACGUUCACUCUCACGAUACGGCUGGUAUCUCCACAGCCAGUAUGAUCGCUGCUGCUGCCGCUGGAGCUGAUGUCGUCGACGUUGCCAUCGACAGCAUGUCCGGAUUGACCUCCCAGCCACCAAUGGGUGCCGUCUGCGGUGCUCUCGAACAGACCUCUCUGGGAACGGGCAUACGUUACGCUGAUAUCCAAGCAUUGAACCUCUACUGGACCCAGGUCCGCCUUCUUUAUAGCUGUUUCGAGGCCAACGUCCGCGCGUCCGAUUCCAGUGUCUUCGACCACGAGAUGCCUGGAGGACAAUACACUAACCUGAUGUUCCAAGCAGCCCAGUUGGGUCUCGGAACUCAGUGGACUGAGAUCAAGAAGAAGUACAUCGAGGCUAACGAGUUGUGCGGAAACAUCAUCAAGGUUACGCCCUCGUCCAAGGUCGUUGGUGACUUUGCCCAAUGGAUGACGCAGAACUCUGUCUCGAAGCAAGACGUGCUUGACCGCGCCGACCAGCUCGACUUCCCAUCAUCAGUCGUCGAGUUCUUCCAAGGAUACCUUGGUCAGCCCGUCGGCGGUUUCCCCGAGCCCCUUAGGUCCAAGAUCAUUAGGAACAAGCCGAGGAUCGAUGGUCGUCCCGGGACCAACCUGACGCCCUUGGACUUCAAGAAGAUCAAGGCCGAGCUGAGGAGCAAGUUUGGAAAGCACAUUACCGACGCGGAUGUGACUUCGUAUGUGAUGUACCCUAAGGUUUUCGAAGAUUACCAGGGCUUCAUCGAGAAAUAUGGUGACUUAAGUGUCAUUCCCACACGUUACUUCUUGGGUCGUCCCAACAUCGGCGAGGAGAUGCAUAUCUCCAUCGAGAAGGGCAAAACCCUGAUCAUUCGUCUGAUGGCUGUCGGACCUGUGGUCGAGGGCCGUGCGCAGCGCGACGUCUGGUUCGAGGUCAAUGGCGAAGUCCGUGCUGUCUCUGUGGAGGACAAGAACUCCGCCGUCGAGACCGUCUCCCGCGAGAAGGCGACGUCUGACCCUGGGUCUGUGGGUGCACCAAUGUCGGGUGUCGUGGUGGAGGUCCGUGUCAAGGAGGGCCAAGAGAUCAAGAAGGGUGAUCCUCUGUGCGUCCUAAGCGCGAUGAAGAUGGAGUCUGCCGUCACUGCCCCAGUCUCUGGCCACAUCAAACGUGUUGCGGUGCAAGAAGGUGAUUCCAUCGCGCAAGGCGACCUGACGAUUGAGAUCGUCCACUGAUCGAGGGAGACGGAUGCCAUAAACCUUGGAAGACCCUUAGCGCUUUUAUUCAGGAGAACGUUUUACGAAGGAUGGCAAGUUAGACGGGAAGUUUUCAAAUGAACAAUGUACCAACACUGUUACGAUCAGUGUGUACUAUACAUGCAUGCGUUUGUGUCGUGUCUAUCCUUGUGGUGUGUUUGAUCAUGUUUUGUUGUAGAAGUCUCUCGAACAAAU